AUGAAGGCCUCCAUCGCGCUAUUCGCCCUCCUCCCCAGCGCCAUCACAGCGCGCUCCCUCCACCGUAGGUCCUGCACCUCACCUCCGAAGAACAACACUUGCGUUCUCCCCUCAACCUGGUCCUGGACCUCCACCGGCCCGCUCAUCGGCCCCAAAGACGAUGGUCGCAACCUCGCUGGCAUCAAGGACCCCUCCGUAAUCUUUUACGACGGCGUUUACCACGUCUUCGCCAGCACCGCCAAAGAAGAGGGCUACAACCUGGUCUACAUGAACUUCACCUCGUGGGAGGAGGCCCCGAACGCCGAAUUCUUCUACCUCGACCAGGCUCCCCUCGGACCAGGGUAUCGUGCCGCGCCGCAGGUCUUCUGGUUCGAGCCUCAUAAGUUGUGGUACCUCGUCUAUCAGAACGAUAACGCCGCGUACUCGACCAACCCGGAUAUCUCGAACCCAGCGGGGUGGACUGCGCCGAAGACGUUCUACCCCGAGAUGCCACAAAUUAUCAAGGAUCAUAUUGGACCUUACUACUGGGUGGAUAUGUGGGUUAUUUGCGACGAGAAGUUGUGCCAUCUGUUCUCGUCGGACGAUAACGGGCAGCUGUACCGGUCGGAGACGAAUAUUGAGGACUUCCCUGAAGGCAUGAGCGAGCCGGUUAUCGUGAUGUCGGAUCCAGAUCGGUGGAGACUCUUCGAGGCUUCAUGCAUCUAUCGCGUCAAGGGUGCUAGGGAGGAUCAGAAGUACCUCCUGUUGGUUGAGGCCAUUGGCACAGAUGAGCAGCGCUGGUUCCGGUCCUGGACGUCAUCCAAGAUUGAGGGCCCGUGGACGCCGCUUGCACAUGAGGAGGAUAAUGCUUGGGCAAGGUCAAAUAAUGUCGUGUUUGAGGAGGGCGUUGAUGCUUGGACGAAGAGCAUUAGCCAUGGCGAGAUCGUCCGGACUCAUGUCGACCAGACGCUGACGAUCGAGCCGUGCGGGAUCGAAUUCUUGUAUCAGGGGAUGGACCCGAGUUUCUCUCACCUCCCGUAUAAUGCUCUUCCGUGGAGGCUGGCAUUGAUCAGGCACAACUGGGAGUGCACUUGCUCAUGA